AUGUCUGUUUCGGCGGAAGAAGUUCUAGCGUUUGAUUUACCAGAUGUGUCUACGAAAUCAGAAGAUUUAGAUCUUGCGUCGCCAAUUGUUACCUGGGAGUCGCCCUCGGAAGUGACGCUUUCUUCGCGUCUGCCGUGCAGAGUUUCCAACUUGAGCGAAUCUGCGAAUAGCGCUGACCUUGAGAGCCCUGUGAUUAUAUCUACGACAGCACACUCCGAUACACCAGUGUUCGAGAAGGUGCUUGAGAACAGUCCUGUUGAUGCAAUAACGAAAAACCCUACAGACUCUUCAUAUUCCGAGCAACGGAAAAAUGACGACGCCAUUCGCAAUUGUUAUAUGAAGCAUGACUCCGAAACGUUUGCGAAGAAAGUCAGCGUGGAUUCUCAGAGUUCGCAACUAUGCAAAGACUGUCAAAAUGUAUUCGAUCACUGGACGGAUGUACUCAGAGAUGAACGAGGUGCCUUUCGGCAUUGUGUGAGCAGGGAGGUACUUGAGAAAUCUGCUGAGGCAGGCUGCUGUCUAUGCUCCCAAUUUCUGAAAGCGGUUCAGUCCGAAUGGCAACCAUCGGAAAAUGUUUUUCCAGACUUCAUGAAGUUAUGCGGCCUUGAAGUGGAUCUAACAGACGAUGAGACAGCUGAGAGCGGGUUUCUGGUUAUCAAGAAGGGUCCAGACAUCAUAUUUGAUCCUUUUCCUGCGCCGGAGCGUGAAGUCUUUGGAAAUGAUGAUUGGAUGAUUAGUCUGUUAUUCUUUCCCAAUAAGACUCGUCCCAGUAUAGAGAUUCUUGAUGUCAAAAUGUCCCCGAUUUCUCCAUCGAAAUUUUCAUACGAUUCCAUAAAUUCGUUCCAGAAUAACACUAGAGAGGCUUUGCCUCACAUGCGCAACUGGCUUCGGAGCUGCUUAGAGGAUCCCAUUCAACAUAUGAAAUGUGUCACUGAUCAAGGUCAGGCGACCCCAACACGUUUAAUAUCUGUAAAUGGGGACGAGAUCAAACUAUGCGAGACAGUCGACUGGAAACAUUGCCCGAAGUACGCGACUUUAAGCCACGUUUGGGGGUUGACAGGAUUUGAAAAAUUGACUUCUGCCAAUGUGAACUUGUUUAAGAAGUCAAUCCCGGCUGGAGCUCUCUCAAAGACUUUUAGGGACGCAAUAGAAGUUAUUAGGUUCUUGGAAAUUCAAUACAUCUGGAUCGAUUCGCUGUGUAUUAUCCAGGAUCAAUUGGACGAUUGGGAGAUUGAAGCGUCACGUAUGGCAAGCGUUUACGGGAAUUCAACUAUUAAUCUUGCUGCCUCUGCUGCAAAAGAUGGAAACUUCGGGCUUUUCAAUGACAGGACCAAGAGUUGGUGUUGUCGCAUUUUCCUAGAAUCCGGCUCUCGCAAGGUAGGUUACGUCUGUCAGCCCUCCAGAAAAUGGACGGCAGUGAGCAGGUUGCCACUCGCAUCUCGUGGCUGGGCUUUGCAGGAACGGUACUUACCUCGGCGAACCUUGUAUUUCACCCAAGAUGAAGUGCUUUGGGGUUGUUACAGUACAUCAUUCGACGAAACGAAUCCUUGCAGGUGUUCAACAUCUAAGUUCGAACAUGAGUUUCUAAGACCGCUUGUUGGACCUAUAUCUAAACUAUCUUGGUACAAUAUAACAGCACAAUAUUGUUCGACGCAGUUGACAUUCAGUAAAGAUAGGCUUACGGCUAUUGCAGGUCUCGCUCGGCAGCGGCAUGCUUUCGUAAAAGAUGAAUACAUAGCUGGCUUGUGGUGGAGAACCGCAAUUCACGGCCUUUGCUGGAUGUCUCAUGGCGGACUUGGUAAGAUACACCGGAUCACUCCUUACGUUGCACCCACUUGGUCUUGUUUGUCCAUAAACAAUGAGAUACUGCUGAACGGUAAUUUCACUCUUGAUGAAGAUCGCAUCAACCCGUUAGAGCGUUUACACGUCCACGUCCAGAGCGUGGCCAUCACGCUCGCAUCAGCGGAUCGUUUUGGGGCUAUCACAAAAGCGACUAUGCGUCUGGCUUGUGGACACAUGUUGAAAUGUAAAUUGCGCGACAUGGAAGACACACCGAUUGAGAUUAGAGGCCACAACAAGUCGUUGAUGACCUCCCUAACCGCAGACUGCUUCUCAAAUCCCUUGAUAAAGCAGUUCAUCGACCAAGGACUUUCUGCUCAGGUGGACGACGUCCAGGUUGAGCCAUUCGAAUUUUACAUCGUUCCCAUUAAGUCAGCCGGGCCCUAUGCUACUUUUGCCAUGAUGCUUUUGCCAGUCCCAGGCCAGCAAGGUGUGUAUGAGAGAGUGGGAAGUACUUUCCCUUAUGUGGUUGCUACGCCUGAGUGGCGUGAGGCUUUUGAAAAUGAGAACUGUCAACCUAUGCCGGAGGAGUGUGUUAGUAUUGAUGUGGAUGAGAGGGGAAGGAAGAUUUUUGUUAUUGAUCUUGUUUAG